AUGCCGGCGGGCAAUUCCGGUGCCCUCCUAUCCUUCCUUCCAGUCAAUGCCUCCACCUCCAAUACAACGGGACCAUCGCUUGAUGUGCAGUUGGUCCACUCCAGUCUACCACUUGCGUCCACGGUCGAGAUAUGGGACAAUCUUGGAGUUGCCGUCAUAGGUGCAGUACGAGCCACGAGGGACUAUGUUGAAGGUGGAGGUCUGAUGCAUGAGAUCUUCAUCUACACGUUGCAGUCCUACAAUAGCACACACUUCCGGCUGCAUCAGCCCUGGAUCAACGGCACCGAGGCCCUGAUUGUCGAGCUGCAAACGGCGUCAAAUGUCUGGUUUAACGUCACUCCCGGGAGCAACGCACUUUCACGCCCCCCUACAAUCGAGAUCCGGCUUAACGACAGUACCCUUCCUGGUAUCGCCGCAUGGAAGGUCCCAUGCAAUGAGACAAGCUUGACUGGUUUGGAUACCGAUGGAUUGUUUUUGUUCAAUACAACCAGUAACAAUACGGCGCUGCGGGAUGCACUUGUUGGCCUGCACAACGGGUCCGAUCAGAACGCUCAAGAGGUGUCAUUUUUGACAUAUUCGAACAAGUUCACUGCAGGAGGCUGGCGGUUCCUUACUUAUUUUGGACGAGAUUCGUUGAUCGCCCUGCGCCUCAUGAUGCCACUUCUUCAAUCUGACGCCAUCGAAGCUGCGUUGGGGGCCGUUUUGGAGCGGGCCAACAUGACGGGUGCACUAUGCCAUGAGGAAACAAUUGGCGAUUAUGCCAGUUUUGUGAACAUGGGCAACAAUAUGAGUGACCUAGGGAACACCCCGUACUGUGAUUACAAAUGGGUCCAGCAUGACUUCGCGAUAAUUGACUCCAAUGAAGGCAUUGGAUAUGGACAUUAUCCGUUUGACGUAAAUUCCGCUCUCGUCUCUGCGUCUUUGCGAGCGAUAGAAGCCUUAUCACUCAACGGACUCAUACCAGCAAAUUAUACCUCAAAAGCCGGACAGUAUGCCGCAGUCUGGGAAAACUACUCAGCGUCUUUCUUCGAAGUGAACGUGACUGCUGCCAAUGCCAGUUCUCGAUUGCAGACAUUCGUCUCCCAAGCCAAUCUCAGUAGUUCGCUGCUUACAGGGAGCGGUAGCAUACGGGAUUUCACGGGUAAGAACCGCGGACUUAACCUAUGGACACCUGCGAUGUUUCGUCUGAUUCUUUCAGAGGCUCCACAGUUCACGCAAAUAAUUCUGCGUCGUUCUAUGCUCUAUCCUUGUUCGACGAUGGAAGACCCGUGGAGGUAAUGAAUAGUGACAUGGAAUGGAACCCAUUCUACGGCAGCAAUGUGAACGAGCAGUUCCUUACAAAGGUAGUUCAAGCGCUGCAGCCUUAUCCGCGAGGGUUACUCACCAACAUCGGCAUGGUUGUGGCCAAUCCAGCCUUCGACAGUAAUGACACCAACACAUAUGUUCUCAAGACGGGUAGUUACCACGGUACCGUAAUAUGGAGUUGGCAGCACUAAUGGCAGCGGGUCUUGCUAGACAGCUUACGCUCUGCAAUUCCUCGCUGCCGACUGUCGACGUGAACCCAUCGCCUGCGUUGCCGCCCAUCUGGUGCAAGAACUUGGACCUUGUCCAGGGUCUGCAGAAUGCACAGUGGAACUUAUGGCGAGCUAUCAAUGGUGCACGUAACGAAUUUUCACGGAAGUAUGGUCCUAUACCUUCGACAAUUCCACAGACAAGUUCAGCGUGGAAAAUCUCGGAGCAUUAUCUUCCUCUGGUACGGAAAGUGAUGCCAUACAACUGUGGUCUUUCACAUC